CUUCAGAUUCCGUCAGACUUCAGACACGAACCCUCCGUCACCCUCUUCUUGCGUCCUCUUCAGUCCCUUCCCCCCCCCCCCCACAGUCAUGCCUGGGCCCUGACCUCUCACCUACCCUGCUUCUCUGUCCAUCUCUGUCCUCUCCCAGUGGCCUUCCCCCUCCCUUCCGUGCCCAGCUUCUGGCUCCUGCACACAUAUCCGGAUCCCUCUCUUUUCCUUUCCUUUCUGCCACUUAUCUGCAGUUUUGGGGAGCCUUUUCAGACCUCCCUAGUUCAGAGAGGCAGGCUGCAGCCUCCCCUUGAUAGAGGUGAUGAAAGGGCUGGAAAACCUCUGUAUAUGUGUAUGUGCAUGCAAGUGUCUGCAUGUCCACAUCUUUAUCUUUUGGAGACAAAAUAACUGCCCUCAGCCUCGUGAGGGCCCAGAGCAGGGGAAGCCAGCAGAAUGAAGGGAACCUGCAGUGGGUGAGGUUGUGGUUAGGUAGGAGGAAGCAGUCUGUAGCAGUUAGGGUAUCAGGGUAGAGUGACACAGGAAUAGGACUGGUGAGAGAGGCCGUGGGAAAUCAAAAUCCCCUCGACCUUUGGGUGCUUGAUCAAGAGGCCAGGCCUGGAGGGUGGGGGACAGCCUAAAGGUCCCUGACUCCAGUGCUCACUGGUUCCAGCACCACCUGAUGGGGACAAUGGGACCAGGUCAGCUAGGUAUGAUGGAAGGAAAGGGAGAAGUAAAGGCAGGAUUCUGGAGAGAAGACUGUAGCUGGUCUAACUUCAGUCUUAACUGUGGUAGUUACAAUUCAGGAAAAAAAGAAGGGUAUGAGGCAAAGGUGUCUGCCCCCUCUUUCCUGCUGCCUUCCAAGCCUGCCCAGGCCAGAUUCCCACGUGCCCAGGGCUGCAUCAAGGCCUUGGUGACCAGGAAGCUCUCUGGAGUUCUGCUCACCCUUCUGCCUUCACGCAUCCUUAAUAUUCCCCCCUCACCUAGGACCCUAUUCCCUCUCUUUCGAGAAUUUCUUCCAAGUCUAACUGCAGUCCAGCCUGGCUCUAUAAGCUCUUGCUGUUCCCAUUCUAGAGCUCCUUCUUUAAGCCUUUGGGAUGCAUGCUGAGAGAUCCUGCUUCUCUCUACCUCCUCAAGUCUACUCUAUUCAUUUCUGUCCACUAGAAGAAAAGAGAAGUGGAGGGGAGCAAGUGCUAUUUUUUAUGGGAUUCCCAAGCACAGCUAGAUUUAAGGACUAUCCCUGUUCCCCAUUCUGUCCUCUUCCCUUCUCACUGUUGUCCCUCUCCCAUGGAUUGUCCCUUCCUCCACACUCCUGUCUCUGCUACUCUGAUUCUGGGAGGUACAGGGGGGUUUGGCCCCAGCAGGAAAUCCCAGGGACCUACAUAAAAAUCCCAGCUCAGGGAAGGAUAUGUAUGCAAGGCACUUUCCCAGCAUCAGGGAUCAGUAAAAAACCACCCAGGAGUCCUGAUUCCCCACCUGCCAAACCAGUACUUAUUUUAGAUAACUGAGCAACCCACAGGACUCUAAGGGUGAAGACAGGAUGGAUGAGACAGGGGUUCGCCCAGGUCACUGCAUCCAGAGGGGCCCAGAAGGGGAAGGAGGCACAGCCUCCACCACAGCAGCUGCACCCGCCAUGCAGAGCAUCAAGUGUGUGGUGGUAGGCGAUGGGGCUGUGGGCAAGACGUGCCUGCUCAUCUGCUACACAACCAACGCCUUUCCCAAGGAGUACAUCCCCACAGUGUUCGACAAUUAUAGCGCCCAGAGUGCCGUUGAUGGGCGCACGGUGAACCUGAACCUGUGGGACACAGCGGGCCAGGAGGAGUACGACCGCCUCCGCACACUCUCCUACCCUCAGACCAACGUGUUUGUCAUCUGUUUCUCCAUUGCCAGUCCACCCUCCUAUGAGAAUGUGCGGCACAAGUGGCAUCCAGAGGUGUGCCACCACUGCCCCGACGUGCCCAUCCUCCUGGUGGGCACCAAGAAGGACCUGAGAGCCCAGCCUGACACCCUACGGCGCCUGAAGGAGCAGGGCCAGGCACCCAUCACACCGCAGCAGGGCCAGGCGCUGGCCAAGCAGAUCCACGCUGUGCGCUACCUCGAGUGCUCAGCCCUGCAGCAGGACGGCGUCAAGGAAGUGUUUGCCGAGGCUGUCCGGGCCGUGCUCAACCCCACGCCCGUCAAACGUGGGCGGUCCUGCGUCCUCUUGUGACCCUGGCACUCAGCUUGGCUGCCCCUGCCCCGCCACCAGUUGUGCCUUUGUGCCUUGGCGCCUUGUCUGCCCCCAGCUGUGCCUUAAGGACUAAUUCUGGCACCCCUUGCCAAGGGGGCUCCCCGAAUGCCUUUUUCUCCUUAAGGAGGCCCACGGGGAAAGGGGCUUUGGGCCCUGCCCCACUCUGCUUGGGAACACCAGGUAUGCUCAAGAGCUCACCCAGGCCAAGGUCGGACCCCUCCCCAAGAAGCCAACCCAGUGCCUCCUCCCCACUUUCCCCUACUGACCAGUUGAUCCAGCUUUCCACACAGAUGUUGCUGCCAAUUGUGGUGCCUUCUCUCAGGUUAGGAGCUCUCAGCCAUCCCUAACCUCUCCCUCGAUGCUCUUCGAAUUGCCCCCCACCCCCCAAGAUGCUCUCUCCCUUCCCCAGAGAAGGAGCCACAGACUCCUAAGAAGAUGAAUGUGCCCUAACCUACCCCCAUGUGCCCAGGCCUUACGCAUCCGCUGACUGACUCAGCCCCACCCCCACCCCCUCUGGGCUCCUGGGGGCCCCUCCUACCCCCAUCAGCAUCAAUAAAACCUCCUGUCUCCA